AUGUCGUUCUCCGUAAUUCCGUCGUUUAACAUGACAUGGAGUACGUUUUUCUACAGUAAGCAACUAUUUCUUUUCAGAAGCAUUGGAGAUUACUACAUUGACCCGGAUUUCCUUCACACCGCUGGUUCUCUUGGGGCAAUUCUUGACCAAGAAGCUGACAAACAAGUAUUCGACGAUCUCCAUGAGCCCUGGUAUCCACCGCAUUACCUCAGUGACUAUUUAUACAGGAACGAUAAUCAUGCGUGGCACAUUUGGAAUGAUCCAUGGCCAUUUCAUGUGUGUCAAGCUGGUGUUGGAAAUUGUUGGUUGAUGGCUUCAUUAAUGGCGAUAGCACAGAGGAAAGAUAUUCUGGAGAUUGUACUUCCGAAACGAGAUUACGCGUUGGAUUGUGGACUGGUACAGGUUAGAUUGUUUGUUGAUGGUCGAUGGCAAGUGAUAAAAAUUGAUUUUUACCUUCCACAUGAGAAUGGUAUUGAGAGAUGUUCAAAAAUGCCAAAAAAGCAAAUGUGGGUGGCAAUGAUCGAAAAAGCGUAUGCAAAAGUGAAAGGAUCAUUUGGAGGGCUGAAUGGAGGACAAUCUCAUCUUGCGUUCAAGUGUCUCACUGGUGCGGGGGGUAAACAAAUUAUGAUCAAUAAGGACACAAACACUGAACAGCUCUGGGAGGAUCUUAUAAAAUAUUACUCUUGUGGAAAUUUGUUAGCUGCUGGAACCCCUAAUAUCAAAGAUAACGAAGAAGAAUUGAAGCGAUAUGAAGCUAUUAAAAUUGACUAUAACCAUGGAUAUGCAAUUCUUGGCUUCAAAGAGCAUAAUGGAUAUCGAUUGAUCAAUUUGGGAAAUCCCGGUCCCACAAAAUUCACUGGACGGUUCUCAGAACUUCCUGGAUACGAUGACAGAGAAACCGUUUCGAACUUUUGCCCAGUAGAUUAUUAUUUAUAUCAUCACAAAAUUUUCUGGAUGGAUAUCGAAGAUUUUGUGAUUUUUUUCACCCAUUACUACGUUUGUGAAUAUCGUCCGGGGUGGGAGGAUUAUAGUAUGAGGCAGAAGAUUAAAAGGGUUUCUGGAAAAGAUACUCAAGUUCUGCGUUUGGAAGUCCACGAACGUUGUGAAGUUAUAGUAGGCACAAUGAAACAUUGUAAUGGUAUCGCGUACGAAACAUUUCUCAACAUUCACAAAUCUGCUCCAAAUGGCGAAUGCGGUGAUUUAAUUUCUUCGACCCACGCCUCAGAAAACGCUGUCCUUGCGGAUCCAAUGUUUCUGGACCCUGGAGUCUAUUUCGUAAUUCCAAUUUUCUACUUUGAUGUCUACGAAAUGGUUCUGGAUUGGAAGAUCACUAGCUCGCGACCUGUCACAUUUUCAUUUGUUCAUUGUCCAUUUGACACGUAUCAUGCUAGUUUUCUACAAGGAUUGAUUAAGAAUGGAGAAGCUAAUAGAGACGGAGCAAAUGACAAUGUAUUCUUCUACACUUUCAAGGGACAAAACUCACUUUUUGUGGUUGCUGAGAAUUUUCAGAAGCAUAGAUAUAUACGUGUGAGUGGCAAAGUAUCAUCACCAUCUUUAAAACCAGAUGAAAUCAAGGGUGAAAUGGGAUUUAGACUUUCUUGGCCAGUGCCUCCAAUGAGAGCUGGUCUAAUUGGAUUCGUGAGAUGUUCAAAAUUAUCCACAUCCAAAAUUUACAUAAAUAUCCAAUACUCUGUCCGUUGCUGUAUCUGGAAAUUGUUGGAUUGGAUUGAUGCUUUGAUGCUCUGCAUGUGCGAUUUAGACAGAACACUUCAUCUAGAAGAUCGGACGGAAAUCGAGGAAAAAUCAGAAUGA